CUUACCGCAUGCGCGAUUCAUUUGCAGUCUGGACGUGGAGGGGUGAACAUCACAGCUGUGCCUUGGGACAGGUGUGGGGCCCACGGCAGCACCCGCUGCUCAUUGAGAAGACUCCUUUGGCCUCCCGAUGCUACUCCCAUGCCAAGGUGGAGACAGAUGAGGAGUUCGAUGCCCGUUGGGUCACUUAUUUCAGCAAGCCAGACAUUGAUGCCUGGGAGCUGAAGAAAGGCAUGAACACAUUAAUUGGCUACGACCUGGUACCUGAACCCAAAAUCCUCGACUCAGCUCUUCGUGCUUGCCGAAGGUUGAAUGACUUGGCCAGUGCCAUCCGCAUCCUCGAGGCAGUCAAGGACAAAUCUGGCCCCCACAAAGAUAUCUACCCAUACCUGAUUCAAGAACUGCAGCCCACUCUGAUUGAGCUGGGUAUCUCCACACCUGAGGAUCUGGGCAUGGACAAAUUAUAGACAUCCUCUGGGUCAUCUGGUGGCCAACGAGAUGAACCACUUCUCUUCAAGUCUCUGCCUUGUCCUGGUGUCUGUAUGAUGUUGAUUUAAUCCACUCUCCUGUUGUGUACAAAAUUAUGGAUUUAAUAAAGCAAUAUCUAUUGAC